AGUUGAAGUCGUUGAAAGAACAAGCAGGAAUUCUUUGUGCUGCAGAAGGGCUGAGAUAUAAACCAGACUGUAGAGGUUGAUAUAUGAAGAGAGGGGAGACUCCUCCGUCCAUGGACUAAACGUCAGCUACUGCUAAGUGAGAAAGUGAGGAGAAUCUUUUGGGCAUCAUGGACGAUGACUUUGACCGCCGCAUGGAGCAGAGGAGGCAGAGGAGAGAGCAGAUGCGCGUCGACACUGACAAUAACACCAACGACGAUGAGGAGGAAGCUCGGGAGCAAAGGAGACGUGCAAGGGAGGAGAGGAAGAAGAUGAAGGACUCAGACGAGUCUGAUGUGAUCAACACUAACAGUGUGACGGAGACAACCGGUGGUGAAGGUGCAGAUGAUGACCAGGCCUUGCUGGAACGCCUGGCCAAGAGGGAGGAGCGCCGCCAGAAGAGAAUGAUGGAGGCCAUGGAGAGGCAGAAGGAGUUUGACCCAGCCUUCAGCACCACCAACGGCACAGACGGCUCACCGGAGGAGCAGUCCUCCAUCAGACAGCGACAUACAGAAGAGGAAGAGGAAGAGGAGGAUGAGAAACUAGCCCAAGAGGAAGUGGCAGACAGUGAUACUAACUCCUGGAGAAAAGAGAAAGAGGACAAAAAGGAAGAAGAGAAGGAAUCUGUUGAAGAGUCAAGAACAGCAGGAAUAACAAAUGAGGAGGAGCUUGAGGAGAAGGCUGCAGCAACAGAAGUAAAGUUUGAGCAGCCAGAUUUAGGAAAAAAGGAUGCUGAAGAGGAGGCUGUUCCUGAUGUUGACAAGGAGGAAGAAGAAUGGAAGAGGAAAGAAAAAGAGGAAAUGCUGCAGAUAGAAGAGGAAAAAAAGCUCAAGAAAGAGGAAGAAGAAAGGCAGCUAAAAGAGGAGGAAAGGAGAAAGAAGGAAGAGGAAGAAAAACAACAAAAGGAAAUGGAAGAGAGGCUGAGAAAAGAGGAAGAAGAAAAACAGAAAAAGGAAAAGGAAGAAAAAAUGAAAAAGGAAGAGGAGGAUAAACAGAAAAGGGAGAUAGAAGAGAGACAGAAGAAAGAGGAAGAGGACAAACAGAAAAGGGAGAUAGAAGAGAGACAGAAGAAAGAGGAAGAGGACAAACAAAAAAAGGAGAUGGAGCAAAAGAAAAAGAAAGAAGUGGAAGAGAAGCGCCAGAAAGAGCUGGAAGAGAAGAAGAAAAAGGAGGAUGAAGAAAAGCAGAAGAAGAAAGAGCUGGAAGAGAAGAAGAAGAAAGAAGAGGAGGAAAAGCGGAAAAAGGAGGCCGAAGAGAAGAAGAAAAAAGAUGAAGAGGACAAACGCAAAAAGAGAGAGAUGGAAGAGAAGACAAAGAAAGAGGAGGAGGAGAAGCCAAAAAGAUUUGGUUUUAAGGAUAAGAGUGAACCAACCAAGAACGGAGGGCUCUUUGAGAAUAAACUUAAGAAAACAGAGAAGACUUCAAGAGACAAUGUUCCCGCCAAUAAGGCAAAUGUCUCGGAGCAACAAGAAGCUGAGCGAAAGCUGCAAGAGCUGAAGCGCCGGCGAAACGACGCGGAAAGUGAGGAUUUUGAGAAGAUGAAGCAGAAGCAGCAGGACUCAGAGGCCGAGCUGGAGGAGCUGAAGAAGAAGAGAGAGGAGAGAAAGAAGGUGUUAGAGGACGAGGAGAAGCAGAAGAAGCAGGAGCUGGAGGACAAGAAGGCCAAAGAACAGGAGGAGAGGAAGAGGAUGAAGGAAGAGAUAGAGAAAAGGAGGGCAGAGGCUGCAGAGAAGAAGAAACAGAUGGAAGAAGGGUCUACAAAACCUGCCUUUGCUAUCAGUCCCAAAGGCUCCUCAAAGAUCGGGGCAAAGGCAGAAUUCCUGAGCAAAUCAGCCCAGAAAAGCACCACAGCCAGAGUGUCUCACACUCCAAUUGUCUCCAAGAUAGGCAACAGAAUGGAACAGUACACCUCUGCCAUCCAGGGAAACAAAGGGGACGUCAAAUCCCCAAAGUCUCCGAUGGCUGAUAUUCCUACAGGCGGCGCACGCAGCAUCAAGAGCAUGUGGGAGAAAGGCAACUUCGUCAGCUCCUCUGAUAGUCCAACUCCUGCCAACAAGGAUGUAGCUGGUAUCAAAGGAGGUGUGGCUGGACGUGUGAACAGUUGGAUGGCAAAGCCUCCAGAGGCAGAGAAGACGGCAGCACCUGCACCUGCAGCAUCAUCACCAGCAGCAGCAAAGCCAGCAGAUGUGAAACCAGGUGACAUCGGUAGCAAACGUGGCAUGUGGGAAACCAAGAAGAGCUCUACACCUGCCAAGGUGGCAGUUGCAGGCAAGAGCAAGUUUGUCACUAAUACAGGCGUAAGACCCUAACCAUUGACAUCCCCGUUUAAAUCAAGUCUCACCUGACAAAACACAACGCUCAGCUACUGUACGUGCAUCCAUUUCCCUUCAACGUUUCCUGUUUGUUGCAUGAAGUUCACAACCGGAGUGAGGAAAAGACGAGGGACCAGGAUGAGUGACUCCAGCAUCAAAGUCUCCAGAGGGUUUUUUUUUUUCCUCAAAAGUAAAAAAAUAUCGAAGUUUUCAUCAGACUUGACUUGACUAGGAAAACUGAAAGAAGAUGCCAUAUAUAAUAAGGGUUUUCAGGACAAAGCACCGCAUGUUUAAUGCUUAAUAUGUAAUGGAUUGUGUAGUAUCCAUCUUUUUAAUUAUAAGGUUCUAAGUUUAAGAUGCCAGGAUGCUUAAAUGUCAUAUUGCUUUCAAGCCACACUGACAUGUCUGCUCCUAUUGUAUUUCCAUAUAGCUUAAACCAAAUAACAAGCAUUUGUGUUUUAUUGUCGUACAGACUCACUGCUUUUUGGGAUGAUAGUCACUAUUUUGACUCCAUGUGAUAACCAAGGUAGUUAAUGUCCAUCUCACUGCUUGCAUUUGAAUUGUGAGCGUAAACUGCCACUAAGGUGGAUGUUGGUAAGUACAGUUUUAUAAUAAAGCACCCUUUAUGAAGGGAUCUUUAAAUAGUAACUAAUUACUUUUUUAGCUAGGUUAGUAAGUCAUCAAUGAGUGCAGAUUUUUGGGUUGCCAGGUUGUGAAAAAUCCCUUUGUAAAAUUGUAACUAAUGCAACACAAACUUUGUGGAUGGAAAUGUUGGUUCAGUCUGUUGGUUUACCUCUUUGUUCUAGACAGAAAUAUCUCAACCAUUGGAUGCAUUUCCAUCAAAGUUUGGUACAAACAUUCAUGGUGCCCAGAGGAUGAAUCCUACUGACUUCCUCCUUACUUUCCAACUUUGCAACUCUGGAUCAAUUUGCUCAAUGAUCCCUAAAUGAUGGCGCCUUCUGACAUUAGUGAUCCUGUGACUUUUCAACUAGUGUCCAUUUGAAUUUGAGUGAAAUGCAUGAAUUGCAAUGUCUUUGGUGAUCCCCAACAUUUCAUUUAUCGCCAUCAUCAGAUCAAAAUUUAGAUUAUGACCAAAUACCUGUAAGAAUAACAUUCAGCCUCAGAUGUACUUUGUUUUAAGUGUUAAUAAGUACAUCUUAACAUUCACAAAUGCAAACUGGAUGAAGUAUUAUUAAUGGCUUAUUAGCAUUUAUAACUGCAGACUUCAUGGCUUAUUAGAAAAUGAGUACCAUUAGAAACAGAGUUUAUAAACCCCAUAUAAAGGGUGCCGUAUUAUAAAGUGGCACACUCUGCCAAGGACUGCAGCCAGAGAGACACAGUGUGCAAGCGGUUUAAGGUUUCUGUCAACAACACAUGGCUUUGUUACUUGUUUGGCUUCUGUUAACUGUUGUGGAUAGAAAAUCACAUUAUUAUGGAAUAUAAGUACAAAAUAAAUCUAUGGAUACGCAUGUAAGCAAGUUUUUAAUGUAACAACUACUCCGUAACCAAAUGCAAUACUAUUUAACAGGCAGUCAUACUUUACUUUUCUAUUAUCAGUUUACAAGCCAGUAAAUGCAGUUUAAUUGCACUGCAGCUGCAGUGAUGAAGGUGUAAAAGACGAUAGUAAAAUGGACUAAGUUCUAACUUUAAAUUGUUCCCUGUGUUCCUGUCAGUCAGCAGUAAACAUGAGUUGCAUCCUGCCAAAAUGUAAUGGAUUCCCAAAGAGGUGGAUUGCUUUGUUUGAAUGUUUGAAAUUAUUGUUUGUACUUGCUUCAGCAAUAAAUAAAAAAAAAAGUACAAAAGGU